CUGUCCUUACCUGAUCACCAAAAGGCUGGAGGUUUGAGUUCAACCAGCAGAGCCUAGGAAGAAAGAUCUGACAACCUACUUCCAAAAAAAUCUACCACUGAAAAUCCUAUGGAGCACAGUUCUACUCGGACACACGUGGGGUGGCCACGAGUGGGAUCGACUAGAUGGCAACCAGAUUUGGUUUAGAGAGUAGGUGGGAGAGUGACAGAGACAUCCUGCUGCUUAAAGAGGAAGUUGAGGAUUUCGCCAGAAGAUAGAGGAGCGACCAGCCGGAGAGGGACAGCUCGUGGGUGAAAACACUUCCUGUGAGCUGAGAUGAUAACACUGUCUGGGCCACAUGUGGAGAAGGAAGAGGCACUUGAUAAAAUUAUGUUUCUGCAAGUGCUGACCCAGGGCAGGAUGCUUUCAGAAAGGAGAAGACAUUUUCAGUAAGACAAUUUCCAUUGCUCAGCCCCCACCAGUCAGCUGGACAGCGCCCUGGAGCAACACCAGUCCCUGGAGGUAAAGCGCCGCAGAAGUAGCCCCCAAGUCCCCGGUUUGGGCUGCAGCAUGGUGACCCCCCUGGACCUCGUGUGGUUCUGGGUGUUUCUAACCCGAGCGUGCUGCCAACCAGAGCGCUACCAGGAACAUCUCUUGUCGGCUAUACCUGUAACAUCACCUGGGGGCCCGGCUCUCACUCAACGUCCGUUUUUGAACAUCUCGGCAGAGAAAACCGUCUCUCCUAUCAUAAACGUGGACCUAGAUCCAAGGAAGAAAAUGUUGAGGUGGAACUGCAGGGGAAAUGUGACUGAGGAGAGGUGCGAAAUAAAAACCCCUCUGGAAAGUUUCCUCAUCCCGAGUGCGCAGGUCCAGGAAGAUGGCACUCACUAUUGCAUGUUUCCAAACGCGGUGUUGCAUCAAGGCGCCCUCCUGAGCGUGGCUGUCACUUCUGACGGGGACACAUUUCAGGAGGUCCUGACCUUCAAUAACUCAGGCAAGGACGGCUCCGGCGCCGUAAACUUCUCCUGUGUCAUCUACAACAUCCGCUUCAUGAACUGCAGCUGGGCGCCCGGCCCCGCAGCGCCCGCCGACGUCCAGUACCGCCUGGAAGUCUGGACCUCUUUGUUGGAGGACGGGGCCGAAUGUCCCCAGUACAUCAGGGACUUGGCCGGCACACACGUGGGCUGUCAUUUCAACAUACUCCCUGAGCCCAAGCACCCACAGUACAUCUUCUUACUGAACGGAACCAGCAAGGAGACGGCAAUCCCGUUCUUGGAUUUCGAUCCCUUUGAAGCCUUUAAGAUGGAAAAGUAUAACCCACCAUCAAACAUCACGAGUCACUACAACGGAUCGAAUUAUAUUAUUCAGUGGGAAAACCCGCAGAGGAGAUUUGAGUUUGCAAGUCAUAUCUUAGAUUAUCAACUCGACAUCCAAAAAAAGGGCAGCUCCCGGGACCCCGUAAGUAUUUUCUCCUUUCUCCGCGACACCCCUUUACCACCAUGUAGGCUUGCUCAGCAGCGAGGUCCUAACUGUGAGCUGUCAUCGGGCGCCUUGCUGAGAACACGUCUACCUGGCACCGUCCCCGACCCAACGCACCUUAUUGUCCGAGAAGGACAGGACAGAAACGUGUACCUGCUGCCAAGCUCUGAGGCCUACGGAGAGCGCAGCCUGCGGAUCAGGGUGCGUCACAGGCGAAGUGACAUUUGGAGUGAUUGGAGCGAGACUCUGCAUUUCAGCCUCCAGAAGCAAAGCUGUGGCAAUGUGGCCGUGAUCCUGCCGGUGGUAGGGGUGGCCGCCGCCACACUCACCGUGCUACUGAUGGUAAUCUUCAGAAGGUCCUCCCUGAGGCAAAAGCUAUUCCUGCCCAUCCCACAGGUGAAGAGCUUCCUCACUCCAAACGCUGAGAUCACCUGGGAAGGGGACCACCUGCCUCCAGACACCGAGGAGCCCGAAUUCCUCAUCGUGGAAGAGAUGGAAUAAUUUGCAAACGAACAAGUAGAAUGUGUGGGGCCAGCACCACGCCACUGCCCAAAAUCUCAUUCUACGUGCUGUCUACUUGGUCGACUUUCAAAGCUGGGCUGUUUGUGACGUUUUCUGACUCGUCUGGCAACACCACCAUCAAAACCUCCCCAACUGUGCGUUCGUCUGCAUGGUCAACCCAUUGCCGUCCAGUCGAUUCCGACUCAUGAUGACCCCAUGUGUUAGGGAGUAGAGCUUAGCUUCAUAGGGUUUUCUUGGCUGUAAUCUUUAUCAAAGGAACCCUGGUGAUGCAGCGGCUAAGUGCUGAGCUGCUAACAAAAAGGUCAGCGGUUCAAACCCCCCAGCAGCUCUGCAGGAGAAAGACCAGGCGAUCUGCUCCUGUAAAGAUUACGGCCUAAGAAAUCCUACGCGGCAGUUCUGCUCCAUCACAUGGGAUCACUAGGAGUCAGAAUCGACUCGCUAUCACCCAACAAGAACAAUUUUUAUCAAAACAGAUUGCCAGGCCUUUCUUUCAUGGUGCUGCUGGUUGGGUUCAAACUGCCAUCCAUUAGUAGCUGACUGCAAACCUUGCAGAUGCCACAAAACUAAACCAGUACUGUCUUUCAAGUGCAAAGUCCCCUGUGUUCCCCCACUCAGAGAAACACAGUCUUUAACUCCCAAGGCCGCAGUGUACAGCAGGCAAGCGGAUCCUGGAAUGAGCCCCAUCCACUGUACCUGGGUGGACAUGGCUAGUCUCUUGGACCAAGAAACUCACCCAGUGAGAUGGACCAAAGCAUUCACAACAGACCACACUGACCCGGCAUCUCACUCCUAUACUCAGAAAAUAAUCACAAAUGGGGGUGAGUUUACCUCCUGGGGCCACCCAUAGCACAGUACCACAAACCAAAAACCCCCUCCAAAAAAAGACAAACACUCCCAUGGAGUCGAUUUUGACUCAUAGCGACCCUAUAGUGGAUUUUGACUCCUAGCGACCCUACAGGACAGAGUAGAAUUGCCCCAAAGGGUUCCCAAGGAAUGGCUGGUGGAUUCAAACCGCUGACCUUUUUGGUUAGCGUCCAAGCUCCUAACCACUGUGCCGCCAGGACUCCAUACCAGAAACCGGGGGCGUAAAAUAGCAGAAAUACAUUCUUGCACAGCUCUAGGGGUCAGAAGUCUGACUGGAGGCUCCAGGGGAGGAUACUUCCUCAUCUCUCCCAGCUUCUGGUGGCCCCAGGCGCUCCUGGGUCUGUGGCCGCAUCACUCCAAUCUCUGCCGCCACCUUCACGUGGCCGUCUCCCCUCUGUCUCCCUGUCUCUGUGUCUCCUUUAGAAGGAGUCACUCAUAUCGGGUCACUGUGUGUAAGAAUCGACUCUACUGGUUCCGGUUUUCAUGUAAGGUUAGGACUCGCUCUACCCUGUGUGACCCCGUUACCUUAGCUAGUUACAUCUGCAAAAACUAUUACCAAAGAAGGUCGUCUUCACAGGUACAGGGGUUAGGACUUCAACACAUCUUUUUGAGGGACACAUCUCAACCCAUAACAGGGGACGAGGGUGUUACUAGAAUGAUUUGCGCUGCUUUACCUAAAACGGCACAGAUUGGUAAAGAACCUAGAUCUCAGGCUAGCAGGAAAUGAUCAAAAAAAAAAAAAAAGUUGCCGCUGAGUUAACCCCGACUCAUUGGCGCCCCUAUGCAUGUCAGAGCAGAGCUGUGCUCCACCAUGUUCUCAGUGGCUGGUUUUUCGGAAGUAGGUCACCAGGCCUUUCUUUCGACGCACCUCAGGGUGAUCUUGAACCUCCAGCCUUUCAGCCUAGCAGCCGAGCGUGUUAACCGUGUGUGCCACCCAGGGACUCCAAGUAGAUGACAGUCCAUCCCAACAGUGUACUACUAUGCAGGUACCAAGUAUCAACAUAAUUGAAUAUUCAAUCAAUUAGUUCUAGAGCAGCCCGGAUGUGGAUCCCUCUUGCUGAACACGUGUGCAUUAGAAGUUCUUGAAGGGUGCACCCCAAACCAUGAACAAGGCAAUCGCCAGUGGGUGGGUACAGAAGAAACGAACAGUGUUUCCUAACGAGUACGUUUCGGCAUUAUUGAAGUCUAUUACUUUAUUCCUUUUGUAACUACCGUUUAUUUUUUAAGUUGUUAUUAUAUCCAACAAAAACAUUCGACUCUUGAACACUGUCCCCAAGUACAAUUCGGUGGCGCCGUGGUCCUCAUGAGUUCAACCAUCACCGUUACCCAUUCCCAAAGUUUCCCGUCACCCUUAACAGAAGGUCAGUGUCCCCUGAGCAACGACAUCUUUUUCCCUGGCCCGCCCCCCGCCUGUCCAUAGAAACCACUAAUAAACUUUGUUCUCCUACGUAAACUUGCCUCUUCUAGAUAUUUCUUUAUAAUGACUUUUGCACGUGCCCUGGUGGCACAACGGUGAAGCACUCGGCUGCUAACCGUAAGGUCAGCGUUUCGCAACCACCAGAGGCUCUGCAGGAGAGAAGACCUGGCGACCUGCUCCCGUAAAGGUUACAGCGUAGAGAACCCCAUGGGGCAGUUCUACUCUGUCACAUGGGGGCGCUGUGAGUCAGACUCGCCUCCGCGGCACCCGGCAACAACAACAACGAUGUAGCAUGUGAAACUGAAGUAGCGCGUGUCAGGACUUCACUUCUCUUUAUGGCUGCGUAGUAUUCCAUCGUGGGGAUGGACCACGUUGUGUUUAUCCACUCACCUGCUGAUGGACAUUUCCAUUAUCUCCAUUUCUCUCCCUCUUUAAGGUAGAGCUUCUGAGGUGGGGCCAAGACGGCGGAAUGGACAGCCGCUUCAGGUGAGCCCUCUUUACAACAAAGACCCGAAAAACAAGUGAAAUGAGUAUAUUUGUGACCAGCUGGGAGCCCUGAGCGCCAAAGGCAAGCUCAGACAAUGAACUGAGGGGCAGGGGGAGGAAGAGGCCGUUCAGAAGCGGAGAGGAGUUGCCGGACCUGAAUCGCAGGGAGCCCUCAGGCCCCAUUCCUGGAGUGGCAGCAGCAGGCUGGUCCUAGCGCUGGGCUGCAGAUUCCUCAGGGAGAAGCAGCAGCCCCACAGCCUGCUCACACCUCCGGAACCUGAGGAGAAGGGCGCUCUCGGCAAAAGCUAAGUAACUGCAUAUAUUUUACCACGCCCCCCCCACCCCCAAGCCAGCUUCAGCAGCUGAAUCCCCUGGCCUGAGAUAGACCCUGGUGAGCACCUGGAGCCGUCCUCCCGGCCUUGGGGAAGAAAAAAAUUUCCAACGGGGGGGAAAAGAUAAUUUGCCAGCUCCAUUAACUGGGGGAGCUCAGGACAGAAGCAGUCCCUGUCUAGGCAUAAACCGUCUGUGGACCUUGAGCACCUUUCCCUUCUGCAUGGACCUGUGUGGGCCUAUUUCGGGAGAAUAGGCCCUUGUUGGCAAACUCCAGCCAUUUCAGCCGUGCAGUGGAGAGGUGGGUGUUUGACGUUUGACAUUGCCUUGCCUAUUAAACAAGGUCCUCGCCUACCCACAACAGGGACCUAAGGACUGGUGGCUCCACUUGGGUCACCCAGCCACCCGCGACGGGGUCCAAAGAUAACUGGUACCUCCCAGUCCUUACAACCAAAAACUUUGGGUGCUCAUGGUCCCUCUUGCAGAACCCACCCCCCAGCACAGUCUAGGGAACAGAGAGGCGUUUUCCUCAGGGACACUUUGGGGUCAGUUCUCAGCCCCCUGCCUUGUUCUACUGUGAUUUUUAAAAGCAUUUAUUAAAUGUUUGGGUUAGAUUCCGAGCAUUUAGAAAGGAAAUCGAUUUCCCCAAGCCAUGCCUCAUUUCUAGAUAUCCUGAAAGAAAGCAAAAACAGCGGGAGGCAGUAAGACAGAUACUGGCAAGGAGGUCUCAGCUCGGAUUAGAGCUGCCAGCUCCUCCGAGGACAAGAACGGGUUGGAACGGUGAAGAGACACGGAUUUCACAAGAAGCAGCAGCUGCUGAUCAGGGGUUUUCCUUUGAAGCUGGCAUCUGGUUGGGGCAGGGUGAUAAAGAGAAGCCCCGGCCACAUCUUUCAAAGUGCUGCCCUUGGGCCAAGGAGGCUUGUCAAACACGACGACAUUCCCGAAGUGCGGGAGCCCUUGAUACUGCUGAGGCUGUGACCCCAGAUACAUCGUGUCGCAAGGCUGAAGGCCAGCCGGCCAGGCACUGCCUGUGAUAAGGGGAAGUGGCAGAGAUGAGAUGACAGGGUGCCCGCGGCGAGGUUUCACAAUCCUCCCUCUGAGAGCAAAGGAUACGUGUCUUUUUGCAACACCAGCUCCGGCUCCGUGGACAAGCAUAGACCCGGGAGCCUCUGGUUUACUCGAGUGAACAUAAUCCAAGGCCAUGGCGGUUGUUGGAAGUUUCCGAAUGGAGGGCUCGUUGGUGUGCAGGGUGGGUUGGGGACCCUCAUGAUAGCCGAGUCCCUGAUUUUAGGAACUGGGAUAAGGGUCCCAGGGAAGGUCCCUAAAGGGCAGAACGAGAGCACAAGGGGCUGAGUGAGGAUCAGAGAAGGAAAAGGAAGCAUAGUGAUUUUGUGGGUGUCCUGGGUCAGCAGUAACAAAGUGUUGCACACCGGGGGGCUGAAGGCCACAAGAAUUUGUUGUGUCCUCUCAAUUCUGGAGACCCGAAGUCCGCAAUCAAGGGCUACGCUCCCUCCGGAGGCCCUAGGAGAGAAUUCUUCCUUGCCUCUUCCAGCGUCUGGUCGCUCCAAGGGCUCUUGGCUUGUGGCCACAUCUCUCCAAUCUCUGCUCCGCCUUCACACAGGUGUUUUCCUCUGUGUCUCCGUGUGUGUCUCCUCUCUCUUAUAAGGACUCUCAUCACUGGAUAAAGGCCCACCCUCAUACAGGAAGAUCUCAUUCCAAGACCCCUAUCUCUAUUCCAACAGCAAUGACCCUGUUUGCAGAUAAGCUUGCAUUCUUAGGUUCCCAGUGGACGUGAAUUUGGGAGGGCACCAUCCAAUCCACUAAAAACACAACAAAACCAGCUACCAUUGAAUCAAGUGCUAUUCACGGUUAUCCAUGUGUGUCAGAGGAGAAUGGGGCUCCAGAGGAGAACGGGGCUCCACAGGGGUUUCAGUAGCUAGUUCUUCAGGAGCAGAUUGCCAGACCUUUCUUUCAAGGCACUUCCGGGUGGACUUGAACCUCUAACCUUUCUGUUAGCAGCUGAGCCGUUAACCACUUGCACCACCCAGGAGCUCCUGUGGGUUGAGUGGAGUCGAAGUCCUAAAAGACAUGUUGAAGUCCUAACCCCUGGAACCUGUGAAUGUGACCUCAUUUGGAAAUGGGGUCUUUGAUGGUGUCAUCAGUUAGCAUGAGAUCAUACUGGAGCAGGGUGGGUCCUGAUCCCAUCUGAGUGGUAUUGUUACAAAAGAGAAGAGACGCAGAGCGGAGACGGCCGUGUGAAGACGGAGCAGAGAUUGGAGUGAGGUGGCCACAAGCCCAGGAAUGCCUGGGGCCACCAGAAGCUGGAAGAGAUGAGGGAGGUCCUCCCCUAGAGCCUCUGGAGGGGACAUGGAUCUCCUCACACCUUGAUUUCAGAUUUCUGAUCUCCAGAACUAUGGGAGAGUAAAUGUCUGUUGUUUUAAGCCACCUAGCAUGUGGUCUUUUAUUCUAGCCAUCCCAGAACACUUGCAUGCUGUGCGUUUUUAGAUUCCCUGAUUGUUAAUCAAAUGAAGAGCUAUGGUGAGCUACAGCUGCUAACCCAAAGGCCGGCAGUUUGAAUCCACCAGGCACUCCUUGGAAACUCUAUGGAGCAGUUCUAAUCCAUCCUGUGUGGUCGCCAUGAGUCAGAAUUGACUCAAUGUCAACAGUUCUGUUUUUUUUUUUUUUUUUAAUCCUGUGGGAAUAGAAGCCCUGGUUGGACAGUGGUUAAUUAAUUGCUCGGCUGCUAACCGGAAAGUCAGGCAUUCAAACCCACCAGCUGUUCACACAGGAGAAAACCCUGACAUUCUGCCUCCAUAAAGAUCACAGCCUAGGAAACCCGAUGGGGCAGUUCUACUCUGCCCCACAGGGUCGCUGUUGCUGUUGUUGUUAGGUGCCAUCAAGUCAGCUCCAACUCAUGGGGAUCUCACAGAAAACAGAAGGAAACCCCGCCUGGUCCCGUGCCAUCCUCAUAGUCGUCGUUAUGCUGGAGCCCAUUGUUGCAGCCACUGUGUAAGUCCAUCUCAUUGAGGGUCUCCCUCUUUUCUACUGAUCUUGUACCAGGAGUUGGAAUUGAUUAGACAGCAAAAACUUGGAUCCUGGAGGAGGAUCUAAGGGCGCAGAGGACGGACCCAUCCCCUAGGGGUCUUUCAUCUCAGGAGGGGGCAGGUCAGCCAGGGUAGAUGCUGAUGGUGUCAGGUGUGGUAUCAGGUGCUGGCCUGCGUGGAGAAGGCAGCAGGGAGGGGAUGAGACUGGGCUGGAACUGGGGGAUGACGACAAGAAUGAGGCAAAGGUGGGGGAACUACUGAAUGUGGGCAAGGGUGUCAGGGGAAGGCUUCGUCUCAGCAAAGGGUACAGGAAAUAACAGGUGUCAGUCUGUCAGUCUGUCUUACUGUGCUGGCUUGUGUGUUGCCGUGAUGCUGGAAGCUAGGCCACUGGUAUUCCAAAUACCAGCAGGGUCACCCAUGGUGGACAGGUUUCAGCUGAGCUUCCAGACUAAGACAGACUAGGAAGAAAGGCCUGGCAAUCUACUUACGAAAAUCACCCAAUGAAAACCCCAUGGAUCCCAACAGAACACGUCCGAUAUA